UAUUUAACCCGACAUAAAGGGCAACACAUGAAAAACUACAGCUUUUUCCCGUCGCUCAUCUGCUCCAUUUUCAAACCUUCAGAAGGCAGCUCAGCUCAAUUGGAAAAAAAGGUUGGAAUAGUAAUUGAAUUUAAUUACUAAUAUUUAAAGGGUCGUUACGUGGCGUUGUCGUCGGUUGGUUGUCUCCUUUUGUUGCGUGCAGCAAUGAGGACUACGGUGGUGCCGUGCUCAUUCCCUAUUUUUAGCCAAUUAAAUGUCAAUAAAACCCACCUUUCUCUUCCCCUAUUACCAAUUUGCCACCCCUCUUUCUCUCUCGGUCAUCGUCGCUCUCUUGCCAUGGCCUCUGCAACUCAGCAACCAACUCAGGCUGUGUCCCCUGGGGAUGUUAAUAGUGAUGCCAAUGUGUUUCAGUUGAUCCAAACUCACCAGGAAAAGGCUGCUAGACUUCCUCCAGUUGAGGAAAUUAGAACUGUGCUUUAUCACAGUGUCCGUGGCAUGCUUUCAACUUUUUCUCAGAAGCUUGAGGGUUAUCCAUCAGGAUCAGUGGUUGAUUUUGCAUGUGAUGUCAAUGGAACUCCAAUAUUAGCAGUGAGCAGCUUGGCGAAUCAUACAAAGGACCUCUUGGCUAAUCCCAAAUGCUCAUUGCUUGUUGCUAGAGAUCUGGAGGAUAGGACUGAUUUGGUAAUCACCCUGCAUGGAGAUGCUGUUUCUGUUUCUGAGAAGGACAAAAGUGCCAUUCGUACUGCAUAUCUGGCAAAGCAUCCUAAUGCAUUCUGGGUUGACUUUGGUGACUUCCAAUUUAUUCGCAUUGAACCAAAAGUUGUGCGAUAUGUGUCAGGAGUUGCAACUGCUUUACUUGGAUCUGGAGAAUUUAGCAAAGAAGAGUAUCAAGCUGCUAAAAUUGAUCCAAUAGCUCAGUUUUCUAAACCUGUUGCAUCUCAUAUGAAUAGAGAUCAUGCUGAAGAUACAAGGCUCAUUGUCCAAUAUUCAACAUCAAUUCCGGUGGAUUCUGCCUAUAUACUAGACAUUGAUAGUCUUGGAUUCAAUGUUAAGGCUGUUUAUCAAGGAAAUACUUACAAGCUUCGGAUUCCUUUUCCUAGACGUGCAGAGGAGAGAAAGGAUGUGAAGACUCUAAUUGUGGAAAUGCUUGAAGCUGCUAAGUCUCAACUCUCAAGCUGAUACAGUGCUGAAAAAGGGACCAAAAGGUUUCUGCAGUACAUCACAAUCCCAGCCUAGUUUAUAACUGAUAUGAACGACUAUAGAAUUCUGGAAGACAGACAAAAUACACAUAAACAGUUACCUGGGUCUUGGCGGCAUGCUCCUCGUACAUACUAUGGACAUUAUACUUGGCCUACUCCAUGAAAAUGUUUGAUUGCAAACUGUUGUAAAAAUUUGUAUAACCAGAAGACUAAUAUGCAUGUUUCUGCUGCUCUAAUUUUUUUUUUCCCAAGGUGAGAAUGUACUGUAUCCCCUCUGGAUUUGCAAUAAAUGGAGCUGAUAAUUGAGAUA